AAAUAUAAAAAUAAUGUACAAAAAUGCAGAGGAUUUAAUACAAAAUAAAACAAUAUCCAAUGGAAAAGUUUCUGAAGGAAAAUACAAAAAAGAUGAAUUAAUUGAUGCAGUAUUUCAACAAGUAAAUCUUCCAGAAGUUCAUUUUAUCCAAUCUUCCCCACCCGUUUCCUCUCCAAAAAUAACUUGUGUACCUCCAAACAGUGUUCGUUCAGAAAUUGGAGAAAUAAAUAUUUUUGAAGAAAAUGCUGAUUUAAUUACACCUAGAAAAUCGCCUAACACACCAGAAAGGCAAUCAGCCCUUUCACAAUGUGAGGAGGAUUAUAACGAUGAGGAUGAAUAUAUUGAUAAAGAUGAGGGUGAUGAAAAUGAGAAUAAACAUCAAAAAGUAAAAUUUAAAAAAUUGUUUAGAAAAAAACAAGGGGGAAAAGUUAGAAAGACAUACCGUAAAACUUUGAAUAAUUACCCGGGGUAA